CCUCCUCCGCGUCACCGGCUCCCCGAAGUGACCACAACAUGGCUGCGGCGCCUGGGCUGCUCGUCUGGCUGCUCGUGCUCGGGCUGCCCUGGCGGGUACCGGGCCAGCUGGACCCCAGCACUGGCCGGCGCUUCUCGGAGCACAAACUCUGCGCGGACGACGAAUGCAGCAUGUUAAUGUACCGCGGUGAGGCUCUAGAAGAUUUCACAGGCCCGGAUUGUCGUUUUGUGAAUUUUAAAAAAGGUGAUCCUGUAUAUGUUUACUAUAAACUGGCAAGGGCAUGGCCUGAAGUUUGGGCUGGAAGUGUUGGGCGUAUUUUUGGAUAUUUUCCAAAAGAUUUAAUCCAGGUAGUCCAUGAAUAUACCAAAGAAGAGCUACGAGUUCCAGCAGAUGAGACGGAUUUUGUUUGUUUUGAUGGAGGAAGAGAUGAUUUUGAUAAUUAUAAUGUAGAAGAACUUUUAGGGUUUUUGGAACUGUACAAUUCUGCAGCUGGAGAUUCCGAGAAAGCUGUAGAAAAAACUUCACAGGAUAUGGAAAAAAACUCUGAAUUAUCUAUGGAAAGGGAACCUGAACCUGACCCAGUAGAAGCCAACUCAGAGGAAAGCGAUAGUGUAUUCUCAGAAAACACUGAGGAUCUUCAGGAACAGUUUACAACUCAGAAGCACCACUCCCACGCAAACAGCCAAGCAGAUCAUGCUCAGGGAGAGCAGCCUUCAUUUGAAUCUUUUGAAGAAAUGCUGCAAGAUAAACUAAAAGUGCCAGAAAGUGAAAACAACAAAACCAGCAAUAGUUCUCAGGUCUCAAAUGAACAGGAUAAGAUUGAUGCCUAUAAACUUUUGAAAAAAGAAAUGACUCUAGACUUGAAAACCAAAUUUGGCUCAACAGCUGAUGCACUUGUAUCUGAUGAUGAGACAACCAGACUUGUUACUUCAUUAGAAGAUGAUUUUGAUGAGGAAUUGGAUGCUGAGUAUUAUGCAGUUGGAAAGGAACAUGAGGAGAACCAAGAAGACUUUGAUGAGUUGCCAUUACUUACCUUUACAGAUGGGGAAGAUGUGAAAACUCCAGCAAAGUCUGGAGUUGAGAAAUAUCCAACAGAUAAAGAGCAGAAUUCAAAUGAAGAGGAUAAGAUUGAGCUAACUGUGCCCCCUGGCAUCAAAAAUGAUGAUAAAAAUAUACUAACAACCUGGGGGGACACUAUCUUCUCUAUUGUCACAGGAGGUGAAGAAAAUAGAGGUACGAUGGAUUUAGAGAGCUCUAGUUCAGAGGAAGAAAAAGAUGAUGAUGAUGCAUUAGUCCCAGAGAGCAGACUGGGGAAACCACAGUCAGCAACAGAUUAUAGUGACCCUGACAAUGUAGAUGAUGGUCUUUUGAUUGUAGAUGUUCCUAAAACAAAUAAUGACAAAGACCCGGAAGUAAACACAGACCAUCACAUUAAAGGAAAAGGGAGGGGAGUUCAGGAAUCCAAGAGGGGCCUGGUACAAGAUGAGACAGAAUUAGAGGAUGAAAAGCAAGAAGGCAUGACUGUGCACAGUUCUGCUCACAGCAAUAACCUCAACUCUAUGCCAGCUGCUGAAAAGGGUAAAGACUCAUUAAAAUCAGCUUAUGAUGAUAAAGCAAAUGACCUAAAAGGAGCAGCUAUUCAUAUCUCAAAAGGAAUGCUCCGUGAAGAAAAGCCUGGAGAGCAGAUUUUGGAAGGUGGCUCAGAGAGUGAAUCUGCACAGAAAGCUGCAGGGAAUCAAAUGAAUGACAAAAAGAUUCAACAGGAAUCCUUGCGUAAUGCACCACUCAUGGGAGAUAACCACCCUAACGCAUCCAGAGACAGUGUGGAGGGAGACGCUUUGGUUAAUGGGGCCAAACCUCACACGCUUUCACUGGAGCAUCAACGUGAGGAAUUGAAAGAGGAAUUAGUUCUUAAAACUCAAAAUCAACCUAGAUUCUCCUCUCCAGAUGAGAUUGAUUUGCCCAGAGAACUGAAAGAUGAGGUUCCCAUUCUGGGAGGAAAUCUUUCCUGGCAACAAGAAAGAGAUGUGGCUGCCACAGUCAAUAAGCAAAUGAGUGAGAAGAUAAGGCUGUCUGAGGGAGAAGCCGAAGAGGACUCCUUGGAUGAAGAGUUUUUUCAUCACAAGGCAAUGCAGGGCACACAGAGAGUAGGACAGACAGACCAAACUGACAGCACAGGAGGACCAGCUUUCCUUUCUGAAGCAGAAGAGGACGAUUAUCCCUCUGAAGAACUACUAGAGGAUGAAAACGCUGUAAGUGCAAAACGGUCUAAAGAAGAAAACCCUGGGAAUCAGGGCAGGCAGUUUGAUGUUAAUCUGCAAGUCCCUGACAGAGCGGUUUUAGGGACCAUUCAUCCAGAUCCAGAAAUUGAAGAAAGCAAGCAAGAAACUAGCAUGAUUUUAGAUAGUGACAAAAGUGACACUGCUGCCAAAGGGGUCAACACAGGAGGCAGGGAACCAAAUACAGUGGUGGGAAAAGAACGCCCUCUGGCAGAUGAGAAAGCACAGAGGCAAUCUGAAGGAAGUGACUUUUCUGACAGCAUAAAAACUCAGACUCCAGAAUUAGGUGAAAUGUUUCAGAAUAAAGAUUCUGAUUAUCUGAAGAACAACAACCCUGAGGAACAUCUGAAGACCUCAGGGCUUGCAGGGAAGCUUGAGGGAGAACUCUCAAAAGAGGACCAUGAGAACACAGAGAAAUACGUGGGCACAGAAAGCCAGGGUUCUGCUGCUACACACCCUGAAGAUGACUUGUUCCUCUGGACUCCACAUACAAGUGUAGAGCCAGAGUAUAGUUACAAGAGGGAGGACUUGCUUAUCAUAAGCAGCUUCUUUAAAGAGCAACAGUCUUUGCAGCGGUUCAAGAGGUACCUUAAUGCCUAUGAGAUGGAAGCCUUGCUACAAGAAAUGUCAUCAAAACUGAAGUCAGCACAGCAGGAGAGCCUGCCCUAUAAUAUGGAAAAAGUCCUAGAUAAGGUCUUCCGUGCUUCUGAGUCACAAAUUCUGAGCAUAGCAGAAAAAAUGCUUGAUGCUUAUGUGGACGAACAUAGAGAUAUGGGAAUGCAGGUCAUAUUUGAAGAGGCUGCAGUGCUUGAUGACAUUCAAGACCUCAUCUAUUUUGUCAGGUACAAGCACUCCACAGCAGAGGAGACAGCCACACUGGUGAUGGCACCACCUGUAGAGGAAGGCUUGGGUGGAGCAAUGGAAGAGAUGCAACCACUGCAUGAAGAUAAUUUCUCACAAGAGAACACAGCAGAACUUAACGUGCAGGUUUCUGAAGAGCCCACCCAUUUGGGCCAGCAUGUGAUUGGGGACACUCAUGCCUCGGAAGUUUCAACGAAGCCAAAUGCUGAGAAAGACUUGGACCAGCAUGUGAUCCGGGAUACUCAUGCCUCGGAAGUGUCACCGAAGCCAAAUGCUGAGAAAGACUUGGACCAGCAUGUGAUCCGGGACACUCAUGCCUCAGAAGUGUCACCGAAGCCAAAUGCUGAGAAAGACUUGGACUGGCGUGUGAUCCGGGACACUCAUGCCUCGGAAGUGUCACCAAAGCCAAAUACUGAGAAAGACUUGGACCCAGGGCCAAUUACAGGAGAAGACACUCCUAUGGAUGCUAUUGAUGCAAACAAGCAACUAGAGACAGCUGCCGAAGAGCCAGCAAGUGUCACAGCUUUGGAAAAUGCAAUCCUUCUAAUGUAUUCAUUCAUAUUUUAUUUAACUAAGUUGCUAGUUGCUACAUUGCCUGAUGAUGUUCAGCCUGGGCCUGAUUUUUAUGGAUUGCCGUGGAAACCUGUGCUUAUCACUGCCUUCUUGGGAAUUGUUUCGUUUGCCGUUUUCUUCUGGAGAACUGUCCUUGUUGUGAAGAGUAGAGUAUAUCAAGUCACGGAACAGCAAAUUUCUGAGAAGUUGAAGAUUAUCAUGAAAGAAAAUACAGAACUUGUACAAAAAUUGUCAAAUUAUGAACAGAAGAUCAAGGAAUCAAAGAAACAUGUUCAGGAAACCAGGAAACAAAAUAUGAUUCUCUCUGAUGAAGCAAUUAAAUUUAAGGAUAAAAUCAAGACACUUGAAAAAAAUAAUGAAAUUCUGGGUGACGCAGCUAAAAAUCUUCGUGUUAUGUUAGAGUCAGAGAGAGAACAGAAUGUCAAGAAUCAGGACUUGAUAUCAGAAAACAAGAAAUCUAUAGAGAAGUUAAAGGAUGCUAUUUCAAUGAAUGCCUCAGAAUUUUCAGAGGUUCAGAUUGCGCUUAAUGAAGCUAAGCUUAGUGAAGAGAAGGUGAAGUCUGAAUGCCAUCGGGUUCAAGAAGAAAAUGCUAGGCUUAAGAAGAAAAAAGAGCAGUUGCAGCAGGAAAUCGAAGACUGGAGUAAAUUACAUGCUGAGCUCAGUGAGCAAAUCAAAUCAUUUGAGAAGUCUCAGAAAGAUUUGGAAGUAGCUCUUACUCACAAGGAUGAUAAUAUUAAUGCUUUGACUAAUUGCAUUACACAGUUGAAUCGGUUAGAGUGUGAAUCUGAAUCUGAGGGUCAAAAUAAAGGUGGAAAUGAUUCAGAUGAAUUAGCAAAUGGAGAAGUGGGAGGUGACCAGAAUGAGAAGAUGAAAAAUCAGAUUAAGCAGAUGAUGGAUGUCUCUCGGACACAGACUGCAAUAUCGGUAGUUGAAGAGGAUCUAAAACUUUUACAACUUAAACUAAGAGCCUCUGUGUCCACUAAAUGUAACCUGGAAGACCAGAUAAAGAAAUUGGAAGAUGACCGCAACUCACUACAAGCUGCCAAAGCUGGACUGGAAGAUGAAUGCAAAACCCUGAGGCAGAAAGUGGAGAUUCUGAAUGAACUCUAUCAGCAGAAGGAGAUGGCUUUGCAAAAGAAACUGAGUCAAGAAGAGUAUGAACGACAAGAAAGAGAGCACAGGCUGUCAGCUGCAGAUGAAAAGGCAGUUUCGGCUGCAGAGGAAGUAAAAACUUACAAGCGGAGAAUUGAAGAAAUGGAGGAUGAAUUACAGAAGACAGAGCGGUCAUUUAAAAACCAGAUUGCUACCCAUGAGAAGAAAGCUCAUGAAAACUGGCUCAAAGCUCGUGCUGCAGAAAGAGCUAUAGCUGAAGAGAAAAGGGAAGCUGCCAACUUGAGACACAAAUUAUUAGAAUUAACACAAAAGAUGGCAAUGCUGCAAGAAGAACCUGUGAUUGUAAAACCAAUGCCAGGAAGACCAAAUACACAAAACCCUCCACGGAGAGGUCCUCUGAGCCAGAAUGGCUCUUUUGGCCCAUCCCCUGUGAGUGGUGGUGAAUGCUCCCCUCCAUUGACAGUGGAGCCACCCGUGAGACCUCUCUCUGCUACGCUCAGUCGGAGAGAUAUGCCUAGAAGUGAAUUUGGAUCAGUGGACGGGCCUCUACCUCAUCCUCGAUGGUCAGCUGAGGCAUCUGGGAAACCCUCUCCUUCUGAUCCAGGAUCUGGUACAGCUGCCAUGAUGAACAGCAGCUCAAGAGGCUCUUCCCCUAACAGGGUAAUCGAUGAAGGCAAGCAAACUGUUCUGCAAGAGCCUGAAGUCCCCUCAGUUCCCAGCAUUACAUCUUUGGCUGAGCAUCCAGUAGCAGUUAAUAUGGCUCCAAAAGGGCCCCCUCCUUUCUCAGGAGUCCCUCUCAUGAGCACCCCUAUGGGAGGCCCUAUACCACCACCCAUUCGAUAUGGACCACCACCUCAGCUCUGCGGACCUUUCGGGCCUCGGCCACUUCCUCCACCCUUUGGCCCUGGUAUGCGUCCACCACUAGGCUUAAGAGAAUUUGCACCAGGCGUUCCACCAGGAAAACGGGACCUGCCUCUCCACCCUCGGGAAUUUUUACCUGGACACACACCAUUUAGACCUUUAGGUCCACUUGGCCCAAGAGAGUACUUUAUUCCUGGUGCCCGAUUACCACCCCCAACCCAUGGUCCCCAGGAUUACCCACCACCACCUGCUGCAAGAGACUUACCGCCAUCAGGCUCUAGAGAUGAUCCUCCUCCUGCCUCUCAGAGCACUAGCCAGGACUGUUCACAGGCUUUAAAACAGAGCCCAUAACUAUGACCUCUGACAUUUUGUUGGAGAGAAAGUGUACUGUGCAUUAUUCAUUACAGUAAAAGAUUUCAUUGGCUUCAAAAUACAAAACUUUAUUUUAAAAGGUCUGUUGUUAGAACUGCGCUGCCUCGGCAGUGUGCAUUUUUGAGCCAAACAAUUCAGAAAUGUCAUUUCUUCCCUAAAUAAGACACCUUUUAAGCUAGAGCAUCCUUACAACUUUGAAAUGUGCAAUAAAGAAUACCUGUGUUUUAGCUAAUGUAGCAUAUGUAAUUGCUAAAUGAUUUAGAAUGUCAUGAAAAAUAUGAACAUUUCCUGUGGAAAUGCUUUAAGAACAUGUAUUUCCAUUAUCCUAUUUUUAGUGUACACCAGCUGAAUACGGAGCAAUGGUGUUUAUAAGCGUUUUUUUUUUUUUUAAACUAUCUGGUCACAAAGACUGUUACGCUAAAAAUGUUUACUAAAAGAUCACUAAACUU